CCCGUGGUUCAGUGUUAGCAGGCUAGCUACAGAGAGAAAGCUAACUAAUGGUGAGAGUGGAAGUGGAGCUAACGUUAAGGAAAAGACAACUGUCAAACAGUAACGAUAAGAAAGCUUUUAAUCAAGUGGUAUUUCUGGUAGAUACCUAGAGGAACAAAAGUGUCGCUAGCUGAUCAAAGAGCGUGUUUGUCAGAUGCCAGAAGCGCAUUUUGGAUAUUACAUCGACUGUCCCAUUUCCAAACGGAAACCAUUUCUGGACAGAUAGUUCGUGCUAGCUAGCUAACUUAAUUCUUCAGGAGACCUUCUAUUAUCACCUAAAAUCAAAACUGAAUGUUGCAUCUGUCAUGAGUCCGGCCGGGUGCUCCCAUGUGAACGGUUAUAAGGUGGAUAAUUGGAAACAAAAUCUACGAGUCAUAUACCAAUGCUUUGUUUGGAGUGGUACUGCUGAGACCAGGAGACGAAAGGCCAAGUCGUGUAUCUGUCAUAUGUGUGGUGCUCACCUGAACCGUCUGCACUCUUGUCUCUACUGUGUCUUUUUCGGCUGUUUCACCAAGAAACACAUCCACGAGCACGCAAAAAACAAGAGACACAACCUAGCGAUAGACUUAUUAUACGGUGGAAUAUAUUGUUUUGUGUGUCAAGACUACAUAUACGACAAAGACAUGGAGCAGAUUGCCAAAGAGGAACAGAGGAAAGCCUGGAAAUUGCAAGGUACAGCAUUUUAUUCUGUCAGAGAAUUUAGUGCACGUUGUGUCCUAGUACCUCAAUUUUACACAAGGUUAUCUGUUAUCUCGGUGCCUUCACAUUUGUGUUUCUUCAUGUCCACAGGCAUAGGGGAGAAAUACACGACAUGGGAGCCUACCAAGAGGGAGCUAGAAUUACUGCGGCACAAUCCAAAGCGGAGGAAAAUCACUACGAACUGCACCAUAGGUUUACGAGGGUUGAUAAACCUGGGCAAUACAUGUUUCAUGAACUGUAUUGUUCAGGCCCUUACACACACGCCGCUGCUGCGAGACUUCUUUCUCUCCGACAGACACAAGUGCGAGAUGCAAUCAAACUCUUGUCUGGUGUGUGAGAUGUCGCAGCUUUUUCAGGAGUUCUACUCGGGCCACCGUUCGCCCCACAUUCCCUUCCGGCUGCUGCACCUGGUGUGGACUCAUGCACGCCACCUAGCGGGCUAUGAGCAGCAGGAUGCCCACGAGUUCCUCAUCGCAGCGUUGGACGUGCUGCACCGGCACUGCAAAGGAGACACCACCCGAGAUGACAACGGGAAGAAGGCCAACAAUCCAAAUCACUGUAACUGCAUCAUUGACCAAAUCUUCACCGGGGGCCUGCAAUCAGAUGUUACCUGUCAAGUCUGCCACGGAGUAUCCACGACGAUAGAUCCAUUCUGGGAUAUCAGUCUGGACCUGCCUGGCUCAUCUACGCCUUUCUGGCCCCUCAGUCCCGGAGGUGAUGGCAGCACAGUGAACGGAGAAAGCCACCUGUCAGGGUCCACCACACUCACAGACUGCCUACGCAGGUUUACGCGGCCUGAGCAUCUAGGAAGCAGUGCCAAAAUCAAAUGCGGAGGUUGCCAUAGUUACCAGGAGUCCACCAAACAGUUGACAAUGAAGAAGCUUCCCAUUGUAGCGUGUUUCCAUCUCAAACGGUUUGAGCACUCUGCUAAACUGCGGAGGAAGAUCACUACAUACGUGUCCUUCCCUCUAGAGUUGGACAUGACACCCUUCAUGGCCUCCAGUAAAGAGAGCAGAAUGAAUGGGCAGUAUCAACAGACAGUUGAUGUAUUAAACAACGACAAUAAGUAUUCCUUGUUUGCGGUGGUGAACCACCAAGGCACACUAGAGAGUGGCCACUACACCAGCUUCAUCCGCCAACACAAGGACCAGUGGUUCAAAUGUGAUGACGCCAUAAUCACAAAGGCCAGCAUUAAGGAUGUGCUGGAUAGUGAAGGGUAUCUCUUAUUCUACCACAAACAGUUCCUUGAGUACGAGUAGCCUUACCCAGUGACCGCUGACCAUGGAGGAACUCUGUUUGUAAUGAGAGAGUCGAGGGACUGGGGGCAGAGGAUGAAACACAAACACACAAACCUACCUGAAACUCUCUAUUCGUCUACUCCUCCCCUUUGGGAGGUAGGCUUGACAAAAGUAAACAAAGACGCGUGAAAUCAUGCAACCUUUAAAAAGAAAAAAAAAAAAAUCAAAAAAGCACUGAGCUACUUCUUGGCAUCUACUUGACAAAACUGAAUGGAGGAAGAGGAGGGAUGGUGAAAGAGAUGGGCGUCGUCAGUUCCAGGCUUGGGGAGAGGGAAGAGGCCCUGCCCCUCACUCUCUCCCCCUUCCCCUUCCUGCUGCAGGGGCAGAGUGAGCAUGACUGACUGUCAUGUCAAUUGGGCCCAUCUGGAUUUUUCUUACAGUAUUUUCAUUUUUCCCCCCAUUUCUCUCCCAUGGUGCUCUCGUUUCAACUGACCAAGCAUUUAACUUAGUCAUAAUGGAAGACAAACUGUUGUCAUAUGCAUAUUGAACUGAAUGCAAAAAAAAGUAAACGAAACAAAAUCAACGUAUUAUAAACUUUGCAAGAACAUUUUUUAAAGGUAUGGUUAUGAUUCUUAUUUGUGAAUUUAGUUAUGGAAUACUGUAUGAAUCUAGUAUACAUCUAUUUUUUAAGAGAAAAAAAAAUGAAAACAUGGGAGAGCUUAGAGACGCUACCUAUGCCAUUUGCCGGGGAAGCGCUGCCAUGGAAACUAAACGGACGUGGACCUGAGUGUACCCAUGUUCCAUUAUUUCCUUUUGAUUGUUUUGUUUUUAAGUCUGGUUCAGGGCAGGGAAUAUCUGUUUUUCUAGUAACUGAAUGAAUCCUCAGUUUUGUUUACUGUUCUUUUGUUCUUUUCAGUGUCCAUGUUGUCUCUCUCUUUUUUUUCAGUACAGUCGUGUCUCUUGCUGUCCUGGUACAGAAAUUUGUUUUGGGGCGUAUUCUCUCAUUCUUGUGGAAUUGUUGGUAUAAUGAUGGUGGUGAUUAAAUCGGCUCACCUUAGCUGUUGAUAAAUUGUAUGUUGAAUGUGAGCUAUGGGUUUCCUUUGGGCAUUCUGUACAAAACACUGAAUACAUUACCUUCAGAGAAGGUCCUGUAUUUGUGAGGGUGCUGUGGUCCUCCUUCAGUGAACACCUUGAAUGGUCUGUGCAGAAGGAAGCCCACUUAAACACAUGUGACAGGGCAUAAUCCCAUAAUCUGAAAAUGUGUGGAAAAUUUGCUCUUAGUAAUGCCUCGAGGCUGGCUGCCUGUCUUUUUUUUUGUCUUAAGAUUCCAUUGAUCAUGAUUUUUGCACUGUAUUUGGGGGGAGGGAGGUGUGUGAGAGGGCAAAACAAAUUACACAUACAUGGGCACUGUGUGGCCACAGCCCGGCUCUGAAUCCAUCAGUGUUAUCUUCUCCAUGGCAACUGUGUGGCUGGUGGAGACGAGUGUGGUUCGUGGUGUGUCUUGCCUCUGCAGUGCAGUAAACCCAGUGCUCUAUUCAAUCAGUAUGCUGUCAAGUCAGACAUUAGAUAAUACACAUACACGCCAGGGUGUUGUGGUCUAUUUUGUUUGAAUAUCACUGAUUGUGUAUGUAUAAAAAUGUUAAAAAUCAAAAAAAAAGAAAAAAAAAUCACUCAUGUAUAAGAUGAGGGGCCCUGACCUAUCAGACUAAUGCCACAUAAAUGCCGCAACCCCUGGUUGUUUAGCUGCUCUGUAACUGAAAAAGAAAACAUGCAUAUCCUCUGGUCUGCUGCAGAACCUCUUGAACCCUGAGCCAGAGGGAAAGAGUGGGGUCGGGACAGUAAAAUCACAGACUUGUGGAAUGGUCACACCAAGACUUUGAUGUAUCAUGGAGCAGAUAAAGCUACCCAAGGACAUUCAGGGACGCUGCUGAAACGAAAAAGAAGAGGAGAGCUUCAUUGUGCGUUUCAGUGAUUAAACUCAGAACAAAA